ACUCUCGAAUCUUUAUUUGCAGAGGACUGUUCGUCCCGUUAUUCUCUGGAAUUAUUAUACUUUUUUUUUUUUCAAUAAUUAUUUUGUUUUUUUUCUAAGAAGCAAACUGCUCAUUUCGGCGAAAUAGCCGAGUGUGGCAUUGCUGGCCAGUCUGUAGAAAGGUCAUAAAUAUGGUGUAAAAGGAAGAAGCGAGUUCUCCAGUUGGUAACUGUAACUUAGGCGAUUUUUUUCUCCAUCAUUAAUAAUAACCGGGAGGAAUUUCUCUGUUUUAUCAAACGCAAGUAUGUCAGGAAAACACUUCAGCGUGCACGAAGUGGGUUGUUGCAUCAAAUACUUUAUAUUUGGAUUUAACAUUAUAUUUUGGCUGCUCGGGGUGGCGUUCCUGUCCGUGGCUCUGUGGGCCUGGAGUGAGAAAGGGGUUCUCUCCAACAUAUCCUCCAUCACAGACCUGGGCGGGUUUGAUCCAGUGUGGCUGUUUCUCGUGGUGGGUGGGGUGAUGUUCGUGCUCGGCUUCGCAGGAUGCAUCGGUGCUCUGAGGGAAAACUCCUUCCUUCUUAAGUUUUGGGAGUGUUGUGGAGCUUUUGGGCCUGAAGACUGGAAUCUGAACAUUUACUUUAAUUGUACUGACACUAAUCUGAGCAGAGAGAAAUGUGGGGUUCCCUUUUCCUGCUGCACCAAGGACCCUGCUGAGGAUGUGAUAAACACACAGUGUGGAUAUGACAUUCGAGCGAAAGGUGACAAUGAACAGAAGAUGUUUAUACACACAAAAGGAUGUGUACCGCAGUUUGAGAAAUGGUUACAGGAGAAUCUAACCGUAGUUGCUGGAAUCUUUAUAGGUAUUGCACUUCUGCAGAUAUUUGGGAUCUGUCUGGCACAGAAUCUUCUGAGUGACAUUGAGGCGGUCAGGGAGAGCUGUUUGUUCACCUGAAGCACUCGAGCCAUUCUGCUGACAGAGCCUCCAUCUCUCUAUCACUCAGCAACAGGGUUGGCACAUUGUCAUCACGGUAUCCUAGCAACCAGCGAGGGAUUCCAUUCACAUACCUCUUUUAUUACAUUGUACAGUGACAUCUUCAUGUUUCCAUGAUAAUGGUGUCCAGUGGUAGAUUUGCUUUGAAUCCUUCUUCAAGUGCAAAAUUCAACAGUAUUAACACAAUGAGUCUACACACAACUCAUUUGUCGUCUUUAAGCCUUUAAGAAACACUUAAAGGAAUGGUUGACCCGACACUGAAAAUGUACUCACCCUUAGGUCAUCCAAGAUGUAGAUGAGUUUUUCUUCAUCAGA